CCUCGCCGCGGCGCCCUCCGCCCGGUCCGCUCCCGGAAGCCGCGGCCGCCGGCAACAAAGGGCCCCGCGCGCCCGGGGCGGCGGGAGCGAGGGCCGGAGAGGGGCUGCGGCGGGCUCGGCCGAGCUGGGAAGGGGCAGGCAGCGGCGGCGCCCGGCCUCGGCCGCAGGAGUGGCGGGACCCGGCCGGCUGCGGUCCUGUUUUCUGACAGAAACUUUCCUUCCCUCAAGUCCGCGUUUCGAGCGCCUUUCGGAGUUGGCCCGCCGGCCGCCCUCCCCUCCCGAGCGCCGCGGGAUGACGGCGUAGCGUCGAGGGCGAGCCAAGAUGGACAAGAAGUCCUUCGAAACGGUGCUAGACGAAGUCAGGAAGGCUGUUCUGACCGAGUACAAGUUGAAAGCCCUUGAAUACGUGCAUGGUUACUUCUCCAGUGAGCAGGUGGUUGAUUUGCUGAGGUAUUUUUCCUGGGCUGAGCCUCAGUUGAAGGCAAUGAAAGCAUUACAACAUAAAAUGGUGGCUGUUCAUCCAGCAGAAGUGGUCAACAUACUCAAUUGUUUCACCUUCAGUAAAGAUAAACUAGUUGCACUUGAACUGUUAGCUUCAAACAUAGUUGAUGCACAGAAUUCUCGUCCCAUUGAAGACUUAUUCAGGAUAAACAUGUCUGAGAAGAAACGGUGCAAGAGAGUACUUGAACAGGCUUUCAAGGGAGGCUGCAAAGCUCCUCAUGCCAUGAUAUCAUCUUGUGGAACAAUUCCAGGAAAUCCAUAUCCUAAAGGAAAACCUAGUCGCAUAAAUGGAGUUUUCCCAGGAACCCCUUGGAAGAAAGAUGGUGAGGACUAUACCAGUGAAGGCAAAGGGAUAGCUGCACGGAUUCUUGGACCGUCCAAACCACCGCCUUCUACAUACAACCCACAUAAGCCUGUUCCAUAUCCGAUACCCCCUUGCCGGCCACACGCAACUAUUGCACCAAGUGCUUACAACAACGCGGGGUUGGUGCCGCUAGCCAGUGCCAUCGCUCCGGGUGCACCCGCCCCACCUGCGUACCCCCCAAGCCCGGCAGGAGCAGAAAAUGAGGACCUUUCCAAUCAGUCAAAACCCACACAGAGUCAAACUUUUCCCACCCCGGCCAGUCAGCUCUUCUCUCCCCAUGCUCCCAACCCAGCGGCUCUGACAGCAGCUCCUGCAGCGGCUCUGGCGGCCGCCACUGUGGCGGCUCCCACCCCUCCCGCGCCCCCAGCCAGGGCCCUCAGCCAUCUGACUGCACCAGCUCCUGUGGCCGCUUCGGGGGCCAACUUGCCCAGUCCUGUCAUCCCCAUGCUCCCAGGGCUGGGCUCAGCUGCACUAGCACCACAGUCACCAGCACCGAACCUAGCCGCCACCAGAAUGCCCUCCCUGCCGGCCACCCCUGCUGCUUCUGCCCUUGGCACAGCAGCCACUCCUGCUCCUUUGUUUUUUCCUGGCCUGGUCCCACCGCCAGGCCCCACUGCCCCCACCCCAGCCCCUGAGGCCACACCAGCACCUCGGGCCGCUCCUGCUGCCAGUGAGACGUUUGCGCUCACCACUGCCCCUUCCACCGGCCUCCCCUUCUCUACCACCUCGACUGCUGUGCCUACCAGCAACCCCAGUUCUGCUUCGUUGUCAUCGGUUUUUGCAGCGCUCCCCUUGCCCUUAGCUUCCCAAGGGGCAGCCGCCCCGGCCCCUGCUGCCCUUGCCGCUGGCUCUGCCCCUGGUGCCCUUGGCCUGAGCACUUCCCUCCUGUCUGCCCUGAAAGGCUUCCUGGCCUCCAGCGACACCCGCCUCAUCAGCUCGUCGGCUCUGCCCUCCACCGUCACGAGCGGGCUGGCCGCAUUGUCGGCCCUUGCCCACCUGCGCUCGGACCCCCCGGCGCUGGCCCCCACCACGUGCUGCGCCCCGCAGCGGCCCCCCACGCCAGGACUGGCUGCGCUGCCAGGCUCCCUGCCCCCUGCCACCAGUGCGGCACCCACUCCGCCUGCUGCGCCCGCGCAGUCCCCGUUGGUAGCGCCCAUGUCCUCCUCAGCGGCAGUGCCCGUGAGCGGCGGCUCCUUGGCCACCCCCUUGCGGGGCCCCCGCCCAGGCAGCUCAGGCCUGCACACCCCGGCCACCCCCAUGGUCAUGACUGGCACUGUUAGGGUCAAAGCCGAGCCCACAAGCCCCACUCCCUCGGCCUUCAGGGGCCCAUCCCACUCGGCUGCACCCUCUCCCGCCUUGGGGCUGCCAGGGGCCCUGGGCCGCACCUACACCCCUGCCUCGGGGCCCAUCACCCUACCUGCUUGCCUUAACCCUGCGUUGUCGGGGCUCCCCGGUUUGAGCGCCCCCUUGAGUGGCUCCAACCCACUCUCCUCUAUCUCCCUCCCGGCACACGGCCCCGGCACCCCCCUUGCGCCAGUGUUUGCAGCUCUCCCCCAGUUCACGGCUUUGACCAGCAGUUUCCCUCUAGCUGGCAGCCCGUCCCUCAGCCCAUCAGUGUCUUUUGCCGGGGCCUUGGCGGCCACCUCAUCACCCACCAUCGUGUCCACACUGGCCCCUCACCCUAGCUCCACGGCCGCCGCCCUCUCUGGCUUGUCGGCGUCAGUGCCGGUCUCGGCAGCGCCUUUUCCCCUCAAUUUGUCCACUGCUGUCCCCUCACUUUUCUCGGUCACGCAAGGACCACUGCCUCCUUCGAACUCCUCCUACCCCAGCUUCUCCGUCUCUAGCACCCCCAGCACCGCCCCUGCCCUCCCUUCCUUCCCGGGGCUGCAGGCCCCCUGCACGGCUGCCGCCGCGCCCCUGCCUGUCACCGCAGCUGUCUCGUCCCCAGCUCCAGUCCUCCCAGGGUUUGCGUCGGCGUUCAGUUCCAACUUCAACUCCGCUCUUGUCGCUCAAGCCGGUUUGUCGUCGGGACUCCAGGCUGCAGGCGGCUCCGUGUUCCCAGGCCUUCUGUCCCUCCCGGGCAUCCCCGGCUUUUCCCAGAGCCCCUCGCAGUCAUCUCUGCCGGAGUUCCAGCGCAGUGCGGCAGCCCAGCCCUCGUCGUUCCAGCAGGUUCAUUCUGCCUCGGCUCUGGAAAGCUAUCCAGCCCAGCCUGACGGGUUUCCUAGUUACCCUUCAGCGCCAGGAACCCCAUUUUCUCUGCAGCCAGGCCUCUCCCAGAGCGGGUGGCAGUGAACGUGUUUUCAUCUUGUUCAAGUCAAGGACUGAGGCUGCAGCGAGCGGCCUGGCAUGGAAAUGGUCAGAAGAGGAGAGUCGGGUGCUCUGGGGAAGUCACUAUGAGAAUUCAAAAGUUACAGUUAGGUUUUUAAAAACAGUUUUUGAUGUGAACGCUCCUAUGUAAAUAAACUGACAGUAAAUGCUAUGGGGAAUAGUAUUUAAAAAGGGCUUGAGGACAUCUCACCUCCCAUCCUAUGAAGUUUUGAAUGAUGUAUGUGAUUGACAUAGAAGGAAUAGUAUGGAGGAGACAGAAUCCUUUCUAGCCGAAUACAGCCUUAAAUCUGUGUGGCGUCACUGGCGGAAGUCAGGUGUGCCUCGGACACUGGGGCGGCUUGGGCCACCGAGGGGGCUCGAGACCACACUGAUUUUUAAUUUCUGAUACUAAUGAUCACACUUGUACUGCUGAAUUUAACCCAGUAUAUUUCAGGUAAGUGAAAACGGUGCUUAAUGUAGUCUUUAGAAUGACUUUCAGGUGUUUCUGACUAAAAUACAUAUCCAGAACUGCUUUCUUACGGGAAUAAAAGGGAAGGUUGAGGCUUUGCCUUCAGACCUUGUCUCUUCACCUCAGCAGUGUCCAGGUGAGUGAGCAGCAGUUCACUGACUCGGGCCACUUCCACAACUCUGCACUCUGGAAGCGUGGGCGAGUGUUUACAAUCGUGGGAUAUAGUGUUUCUGUUUGUACUUAAAGUCGGACACUAAAUUUCACACUGAUCAUGUCACGCCUGACAGAGGCAGCUCACUGUCGGUAAAUUUGCUCCUGUUUAAGGAUCUGUGGUGGUGAAACAUUGAAUGUUGUUUAUUUAAGAAUAAUAACUCUGCCACAUUUGGGGGGAAGUAAGGAGAAUGAUAUCCAAUCCUGUGAUUAAAAGUGUAAACAGUAGGAUCUACUGUAGUGCAUUUCAGCAUCUAGAAGUUUUACUUUUAUAAAGAUGGCAUCUGGAAGAUGUUGCUAAUGUAUUUUCCUUCAACCUGGGGAACAAACUUUUUAAGGAUAAUAUUCCUGUGUGAUUAGUUUUUAAUAAUUUUUUAAAAUAAACUAUGGAUAUGAAAUAUUUCAUAAGUGUUUCAUUAAAUGCAUGGAUAAGCUUUUUGCUUUUUUAUAUGUGCUGGAGCUAAUACGUAGAACAUUGUUAGUACAAAUUGACAUGAAACUGAAUUGAUAUUACUGAUUGCUGAUUCCUUUAAAUAAUCUCUUAUGUGAAAGUAAUAUUAUAACUAGCCUUUAA